AUGAAAUAAAAAAGUUUUGCAUUAUUAACUUUUGGUGGAUUGUGUUAUUUAGGAUUCAAAUUAUACAAGGAGAAAUAAAAUUAGGAUAAUGGGUUGAUUGAAUAUAAUUAAGUGACAAUCGAAAAAGAAAAAAUAGAUGAAAUUGAAAUCAGCAAAAAUUUAGAUAAUAUUCGCAAAAUUUAAAUCAGCAAAAAUUUAGAUAAUAUUUGCAAUUAAACUAUUAGAAAAGGGGAAUAACCAAAUAGACUCAUGAUAGAACCUUUUUCUGAGUUUACUAGUUUUAAUUAAAUAAAUUUUUCAUUAAGAUUGAAUUUAAAAAAAUAUCUGAAAGGAAUGAGAAGAGCAAGAGGAGAUGAUAAUUGCUUUUAUACUUCAUUUUGUUUUUAAUAUUUAGGUUAUAUUUUAAAUAAAGCAUCAGUUCAAGAAUUUUAAGAUUUUAUUUCAAUGGUUGAUACUCUUCCAUUUUCAGUUAUUCAUAAUAAUAUAGAGUAUGAAUAAAAUGAUGAAAUGAAAUAAUCAUUUAAAUAAUAUUGUCAGAUAAUUAGAUCUAUUCAAGAAAAUAGAAAUUAAAAUUUUUUUGAUUUGUUUUCGGAUCCUCAAGGAUAAUUCUAUGGUUUAAGUAUUAUUUUUCUUAGAAAUCUGGCUUAUAAAUUUUGUCAAGAAAAUGAUGAGAUUCGAUCAUUAUUACAAGCAGAAGGACCUUUUUUGAAGGAAUUACUGUUAACAUGGAAUAAGGAAUGUUUGAGUAUGGAAGGUGUGAUAAAAUCGUUGAGUCAUAAGUUAAACAUGUAGAAAUUUUUUAAUUAUUAUUUUAGUUAAACUACAUUAUUCAGAAUAAAUUCUUAGACUAAUAAUAUUUCACAAGAACAAUAUAAUUAAAUUCCUAAUUCUAAGCUUAUAAUUUAUUUAGUUUAGGGAUAAGGAUUCUAUUUCAUAGGUAUUCCUUAAAAUUAGUCUUGAUAAUUAUUUAUAAAUUAAUACAUAAUA